AUGGUAGCCAGGUUAGGUGAGUCAGACAAUAGCUGGAGUGUCUUAGCUUUAGAUCGCGGUAGUCCAUGUAAUUCUGCCCAGAAUGAUACUUGGGAUGAAGAUCUAAGUGGUAUACAUGAUUCUAAUUAUUUUUCUGUGUCACAAGAUUAUCUUCUUGGACGUUUAGUGAGAAAUCCUCGAUAUUAUAGUACUGGUGAAACAGUCAUGAUUAAUGGCAUGAUCGCUGUUGCUCCAUAUCACUAUUGUUAUUAUCUUCCAUUAUCAUUAACUGGGAUAUCUGAAGAAGAUUGUCUUAUGUGGCAUGGUCAAGAUGGUUCAGUAGAUGUUGCUCCACCUUUAUUUAAUCAUCUGGCUUAA